AUGACUACUCCUCAAUUCUGGUCGACUCCUCUCCGUUACCUCCGCUGGGCGUCGCAUGAAAAGCCCGCUAUCUUCUAUGCCCUCGUGACGGGUGCCAUGGGUCCGGUCUUCCUAGUGACCCUGCCUCCGAUCAGACGGUACUUCGGCGAUGUUGACCCGGAACCCGUUCCCUUGACAUAUCCCAUUCCCCAGGGACCUCGGGUUAUUCCGCAAGGUUACGAUGACAAGUGA